UCCGUCAAAUUAUUCCCCCACUCUCUCUCCCUCCACCCUCUAACGUCUUCCGUUCGAAUCCGUUCCCCUUUUCCCACUUAACCCUAACGUCCGCCUAUGGCUUCUUCCGUUGACGACGAGUUCUCUCUCAUCGACGAUCACGAACCUAACCCCGGUCACCACCACUACUACCAUCCUUCUUACACGCAGGUCCACGCACCUCCACCCGAAAAUCACAACGCCGACGAUGACUCCGAUUCUGCGUUCCCCGUAGGCAAUUUCGGUACCAACAACAACAGUAGUAACGCUGCGUCGUCUGAUGCGCGGAUCGAGAAGAGGAGGGAUCAAGAAGAGAUAAACGACGGGGUUUUGAAGAGAUCGAAGCAGUCGGCAUCGACGGAGUACCGGAAAGACAGAGAAGAAUGGAGCGACACCGCGAUCGGGUGUUUGUUGGAGGCGUAUAUGGAGAAGUUGACUCAGCUAAACAGAGGGAAUCUGAGAGGAAGAGAUUGGGAAGAAGUGGCGGCCGCGGUCAGCGAGCGGUGCGAGAAGCAGAGCAAGAGUGUGGAGCAGUGCAAGAACAAGGUUGAUAAUUUGAAGAAAAGGUAUAAGCUUGAGAGGCAUAGGAUGAGUGAUGGCGGCAUCACGGCGAUUCAUUGGCCUUGGUUUAAGAAAAUGGAAGAGAUUGUUGGAAAUUCUCUUCCGGCGAAGGCGAUGGCCGAUGAAGAUAAGGGCGGCUCUUCUCCGGGAACUGCUGCCAGACAAUCCAAAAGAUAUGGUUUAGCUACACCAAGCCCUGUAGGACAGAUUACCAUGAAAUCCAAAAGUCCUAAAUGGCGCAGAGUGGUAUUCAAAAUUAGUGGCGCAGCUCUUGCUUGCACUGGUCCUCUCAAAAUCGACCCUAAGGUAGCAAUGUUGAUUGCUAGGGAAGUUGCAAUUGCAUGCCGCCUUGGUGUAGAGGUAGCAAUCGUUGUUGGAGGUCGCAAUUUCUUUUGUGGAGACACGUGGGUUACUGCAACAGGUUUAGAUAGAAGUACUGCAUAUCAAAUUGGCAUGAUGGCAUCCGUGAUGAAUUCUAUACUCCUGCAAUCAUCGUUGGAGAAGAUGGGAGUUCAGACCCGUGUGCAAACUGCAUUUUCUGUGCAAGAGAUUGCAGAAACGUACAGUCGGCAACGUGCCAUACGUCAUCUUGAAAAAGGUAGAGUUGUAAUAUUUGGUGGCAUUGGUGCUGGCACCGGAAAUCCACUCUUUUCUACCGACACAGCUGCAGCACUUCGAGCUUCAGAAAUUCAAGCCGAGGCAGUUGUUAAAGGUACGAAUGUCGACGGUGUUUAUGACUGCCAUUCCCAGGACAACAAUGCUACCUUUGAGCACAUCUCGUUUCGGGAUUUAGUCUCAAGAGGCGCCACAGCCAUGGACAUGAUGGCAUUGACCUUCUGUGAAGAAAAUGGCAUUCCCGUUGUGGUCUUUAACCUUCUUCAGCCUGGAAACAUAUCGAAAGCGUUAUGUGGAGAUCAAGUUGGUACGUUGAUUGAUCAAACUGGAAGGAUAAGCUGAUCCGAUGCUUUUCCGGUAGUCGCGACCAUUGAUAUCAAGUCCGAUAUGGUAAUGUACUCUAGCAACAAGAAGCGUUACGUGGUAGUUCAGCUGUCGUGUUUCUACAACUGAGCCUUCGAUCGAUUCUUGACCCGAAGAUGCUGCUGGUGUAACAUCUGGAGGCCAGGUUUUAUUUUAGCCUGCAAUGUUCGAAAAAUUCCGUAAUUUCUCGUAUGGUGGCAGUAUUUAUUGUAUUUAAAUGCGUAAGAAAUAGUAUCAAGCUGUCGAAGAUGAUUGCUGCAAUAUACCAUUACAGAUUCAUAAGAACUCAAAAGUGAUAGUGUGAGAUUAGAAUUAGAAGUAGGAAAGUUGUCAUAAUAGCCGAAGCUUACUAUUGUUCAGAAAUUCUAUUUUUUGCAAAUUUGAAGAUGCAUUUCACAAA